AUGAACUUGGCUUGUUCUAAAUCAAUUUCUAUAAUCGUUAUUUUGCUUGCAAUUAUUGUUCCGUUAUCAUAUUCUGAGUUUCCUCUAGCAAUACCAGAAGAUGGGCCGAUAUUCCGUGAUCUUGCUAAUACGACAACAAUUUUUUUAAAAGUUAUCACCACUAUCAAUAUACCACCACAAAUUAUUGAUCAACGUCCAGAAGGUCUGUUCCUUGCUAAUGUCGCCGAUAAAGUCGGACAUAAGUCACAAAUGGAAAAUAAAAUGAUAGUUCAAUAUUUAAAUGAUCUCGCUGAAAGCACAUAUCAAACAGGAAAAAAAGCAGAGAAAUUAUUUAGCAUAGGAUCAUAUUUAAUCAAUCGAAUUGGUAAUGAAAUAACUUCAAUUCGAGAAACUCUUUCAUUGGAUAUGACUUUAUCUAGACGAAAUGUGACAUUUUUAUCAAAUAGACUUAAUAAAUUCUUAUUACAAGCAACUGAAUUUCGUGAUCAAUUCAAAGCUAUUCUUAUGGCAAUUGAUGAUGAAGAAAAGAUUUGGAAUGGAACUCAAUAUGGCAUAAAUUCUUUUUCUGAUGUUGAAAAAUAUUUUGAAUCUAUAAAAUCAACAGGAAGUAAAAUUUAUAAAUGGGAGAACAUUGUAAAUAAAUUAGUUAUUUUUAAGCGCGGAUGUCUGGUUACUUUUGAGGCUCGUAGAGGAAUAGAAAUUGCUCUUAGAAUUGCAGAACAAGUCAGAUUAGAAUUUAUACAAGGCAAAGAGAUAAUACGUGGUUUAAAUAAAAAAAAGGUUGUUAGGAAAAUAGAUUUAAUGAAUUUAGAAG